UCCUGUGGCUACUGCUGUUAUUAUUAUUGUGGCGGGCGAGUCGGGGAGUCCUUGUGGCGGCGUCCAUGGCGGCCGGGCAAGGCGGAGGCACCACGGCCGGUGGGGGCGGCGAGGGACCCGGCGGACCAGCCCCUGGCCCAGGCCCGGGCCUGGUCCCCCCCAGCGCCGCCUCCUCAACCUCCUCCUCCUCUUCCACGGAGCCCAGUUCGGGCUUCUUCGGCCUGGGCCUGCCGGCUCACCUGACGCUCUCUUAUCCCGGCACGGGCCCGGCCUGGGGCGCGGCAGGCGCCUCGCCGCCCCUUUCUUCGGCGGCGGCGUCUUCGUCGGGCGGCGCCGCCUCGUCGUCCCCUCACACCGGCCGCAGCCUUGACAAGGCCCUCGAGGAGGCCAGCAGCUCCGGCAUCCUCUGCCUCAGCGGGAGGAAGCUGCGCGACUUCCCCGCCGCCACCGGCUCCGCCACCGGCGGCUACGACCUCAGCGACACCACGCAGGCCGACCUUUCCAAGAACAGAUUUGCUGAAAUUCCUCCUGAUGUGUGGCAGUUUGCACCGCUUGAGACGUUGAACUUGUAUCACAAUUGCAUCAAAUCAGUCCCUGAAGCAAUUAAAAAUCUGCAGAUGCUAACAUAUCUGAAUAUCAGUCGAAAUCUUUUAUCAACCUUGCCAAAAUACCUGUUUGAUCUACCACUUAAGGUUUUAGUUGUAAGCAAUAAUAAGCUGGUGUCCAUUCCUGAAGAAAUUGGGAAAUUGCGAGACUUAAUGGAAUUGGAUAUUAGUUGCAAUGAAAUCCAGAUCCUUCCACAGCAAAUAGGAAAGCUGCAGUCACUUAGAGAAUUAAAUUUAAGAAGAAAUAAUCUACAUAUACUACCUGAUGAAUUAGGAGAUCUUCCCUUGGUAAAACUGGACUUCUCUUGUAAUAAAAUCACAGAGAUACCAGUCUGUUACAGGAAGCUUCGUCAUUUGCAAGUAAUAAUUUUGGAUAACAAUCCAAUGCAGAUACCGCCAGCACAGAUAUGCUUAAAAGGCAAAGUACAUAUAUUUAAAUUCCUCAGCAUUCAAGCAUGCCUCAGAAUAGAUAAAAAGCCAGAUUCCUUGGAUUUGCCAUCUCUGGGUAAAAGAAUCCCUUCUCAGCCCCUCACAGACAGUAUAGAAGAUUUUUAUCCAAACAAAAACCACGGCCCAGACUCUGGAAUUGGAAGUGAUAAUGGGGAUAAAAGAUUAUCCACUACAGAACCAUCCGAUGACGACACAAUCAGCCUUCACUCUCAGGUAUCGGAAUCUACGAGGGAGCAGGCUCUCAAAAAUGACAAUCAGUUGCUAGGAAAUAAACCUGAGCUGCAAAAAGUAGAGCCAGAUGUGUGUGAUUACCUUGACCCCACCUCUGAAGAUGUGGCUUCUUGUGACCAAGGCGAUGUACAAACUGGACCUGCGGUCUGUUAUAUUAAGGAACGUGCAAAGCAAGCUGAAAAGUCGAAGAAAACACAACGGAGUGAAGAUUGGGGGGAUGAAAAAAUAACUCAGAGAGAACAGCAUUUGGCAGAGGAAGAUGAUGAAUUGAAGGAAGUGACUGACCUAAGGAAAAUAGCUGCGCAGCUACUGCAGCAGGAACAGAAGAACAGACGGAGGCCUUUAAGCUAUAGAACGUCAUUCAGUGAAAAGCUCUUCCAGAGGACAAGGGCUGCAGGACGUGCAUCAAGACUUCUGAAUCACUCCACCUCUGUAAGCACAAGAAACCGACCUAAACAGACUGCAGAAUCCGAAAAAAGUCUUUCAGCAGAUGAAGCAAAUUCUCCAUCAUCUCCAUACAGCUGGCAGUCACUGGAAAAUCAGAAGGACCAGUUGGAUGAACAGCAUUGGCCAGACAUGCAGCAAGUCAUCUGGCAGAAUGAGGAGAGGAGGCGGAGCAAGCAAAUCAGAAGAGACUAUUUCAAGUAUAAAUCUUCCCGGAAGAGUUCAAGUGGAAAUGAAAAUGAAGAGCAAGACAGUGAUAAUACUAAUGUGUCCCCACAGUCUCCUGUGUCGUCUGAGGAUUAUGACAGGGCAGAUGGUGGUUCUCAUGGCCCCUUCGGAUUGAAGCCCAGAUCAGCUUUUGGCCGUUCUCGUCAGGACUACAGCACUGUAGACCCUGGAUUCACAAUGAGAAGGAAAAUGGAACAUUUGCGAGAAGAGAGAGAGCAAAUAAAACAGCUACGCAGUAAUCUUGAGUCACGGUUGAAAGUCAUUUUGCCAGAUGACAUUGGAGCAGCAUUGAUGGAUGGGGUAGUCCUGUGCCAUUUAGCCAAUCAUAUAAGACCACGCUCUGUUGCCAGUAUUCAUGUCCCGUCACCAGCUGUGCCUAAACUCAGUAUGGCAAAGUGCCGAAGAAAUGUUGAAAAUUUCCUUGAUGCUUGCAAGAAACUGGGUGUCCCACAGGAGAGACUUUGCCUGCCUCAUCAUAUUUUGGAAGAACGAGGUCUUGUGAAAGUUGGACUCACAGUUCAGGCUCUUUUGGAAAUACCGUCUUCUAAAGCACCGCAACUUUCCUGUCUGUAAGAGGACUCUCAGAGAACAAACGUUGCCAUGAUGUAGUUGCUAUGGGUUGAUGCCAACCAGUCCAGCUUCCUCCAGAGGAACACUCCAAGCCAUCAAAAAAAUUUUUCAAGCCAGGUGGUGUAGGUGGAGCCUUACUUUGGACCUCUCUGUAGAAUCUUGCUGUCAAACUGACAGUGGCCCAGCUUAGUAAAGAACUGUACUGCUUGUUCACUGAACUCAGAGCCAUCAGAUUUUGAGAUCUCCAGUCUCUUGCCAGGUCUUCAUUCUCUCAUUAACACUUUAUGAUGUUGUUUUUCCCCCCUUCUUAAAAAAAACAAAAGGUGAACCUGGGAUUCUCUUAUGCUGCACUGCUCCAGGCUCUUAAGAGUUCAAGCACACAUUAUUGAAGACGAGAGGUGCACACGUGGGUGGGGAGUCCCGCCCAGUUGUUGGCUCUCUAUGAUCAUGGAUUCAUUGCUUAAAAUAUACGUUAGUCUCCUGUGCAGGUUGUGUGCGUACCUCAGGCCCAGGCUAAAAAUGGGAUAUGAAAAUUAGCUCUCAAAUCACUGCUGCUGUGUGGUUGGUGGAAAUGCGGAUGAUCGUUCACCUUGUCCGUCUUUACCAUAUUCCAAAAAGAUUCGUCUUUCAUUUCUUGCACUUCUUACUGUUGUAUCAUCCCCAAAAGUUUAGCUGGUGUAUGAUGAUGACAAAGAAUAGUAUACAGUAUAAAGGAAAAAGUUGUGUGGGUUUUUUCAGUAUUCUAGGUUGGUGCCAAAUUUUUUUUUCAGUUGUACUGUAGAUUGUUUACAUGUGAAGUGCCUGUGUAAUUGAUAACUUUUACUAGUCUUAAAACAUUUUCGCAAUUCUUUUUAUGUCUCUAAAUAGAUGCAAUGCGUAUUUUUAAAUAUUAGGGUUUUUGGUAAGGUUGGUAAUAAGUGACGUUUAAAAGACUAACAUCUGAGUGUUGGAUGUUCUUCAGUUUGCACAGUUUAAAUUUAUUAGGUUUGAGUUUUUUAAAAAAAGAAAAUGUAAAUACACUUUUAUUUAUCCUAUUUAAUUUGAUACUUAAUCACUUUUUAAUGUAUUGUUGGACAAACAGAUGUCACUUUUUAAAUUAUUUUCCUUGUCUGGGAUGAACAAUGAUUUAUAGAGUGAGGAAAAUGGGUUGAGUGGAAGCUUACAAGCUUGGGGGUAAAACUGCCAAAAAAAUUCUCAGGUUUAUAUUGUGACUGUUGGGGUUUCACAUCUUGCCCCUAACUUCACAUUAUUGUUGUUUUUUUUAAAUAAGAGGAAAUGCCAUAGAAUGGUGAAAUGGAAGCCAGGAAUAGUUCAAUUUUUUGCAGUGUUUUCAGAACCAUUGUAAAUGUUGCUUGUGUAGGACCCUGAGCAAUUCCUCCAACACCGGAUGUCAUAAUCCAGUGUUGCAAAUCAGUGUUUCAGGCAUCCUUGCAGCAAAUCCAUUCUGUAUCUGUAUUUCCCGUCAUUUUUAAAACUAUAAUGCUGGGCCAAUUAGCAACCUUUGGGUACUAAGACGUUAUUCUCCACCAUGGCUGCCCUUUCUUGUUGAGUUGCAUUCCUGUAUUGAAACAGUGGAUUGCAAAUUGCCAGGUCGCUGAAUUAACCUUUUUGUUAAUUAACCUUUUUGUUAAUUAUCUAUUUUAAACAUCUAUUUAUAGAUGUUUACUCAGAUUAAAGGGGCACAAGUUGUUUUGUUUUGUUUUGCAGUUUGCCUGUUUGGUCAGAGUAAGCUUUAGCUCCUCCUUGCCCAGAUGAUGUGGAAAAAUAUUCUUCCUGCUUUGUUUCUGUUAUUGGAAGAAUUUGGCUGUUGCAGUGCACAGCUGUGCAGACUGAAACCAGCGACAGUAGCCUGAGUUGAGGGCCGACCUUCACUUCUUGAAUGCUUUGUUAGACGUGUGCCAAGUAAACCUCAGCUCCUCUUGCUCAGGUUUAAGAGUGUGAUGUGAAUGUGAGGCUGAUUUUGUAGAUGGCCUCCUUUGGCCCAAUGAGAAAGCACAGCAAACUGCAUAUCAAAAAGCUGUUAAGAGAAGUGACUUGUUUUAGAUGAUACCUCAUACAUUGCUACUUCUGCUCAUCAGUUUUGCUUUUUUGUUAGCACUGUCUUUUUGAAAAUUAAUUGGGAUGAAUCACAACACACAAAAACUAAAGACUGACUACUGUUACGUGGACUGUGCCCUGAUCCAGGUUGGUUUCAGGGCCUGUUGGUCUGCUUCUUCAGUUUUCCGCAGCCUUGCUGGCAACUCCUUCAAGGCAGAAGCUACUUCUGCACAGCGCUUCAUCACAAAGAGUGUACUAUAAAUGACUGAGAGGACAGAGACUGGGCGGGUGAGCAGCUGGGGGUUGAGAUGCAAACUUGGGAUGUGCCCUUAGGUUUGAGCACCAAUGAGCCUUUCCAGUUUUGCUCUCCACAGGUGUAAUAAAUUAAGCAGGUUUGUUAUCUUGACCUAAGAUUUAAAGCUGCAUCCUCCCCCCACCCCCUGCUUUUUCGUUGCUCAGUAAACCAAGCAAUAUAGCUGAGAUUGUCUGUGGAAUUACAUCUUCUCCUGCAGAUUGUUUUAGAAGUCAUCCUUUCCAAAUCAUGGGUUCAGAAGAGUGGAAUGUAGGACAGACUACCCAGUGAUGGUGUUAAGCCUUUUCUUCAUAAAGGCAUCCUUCCUAUUUCCCCAGCUAGGUCAAACCUACUUGAUUCCAACAUGUACAUCUAAAUAUGCAAUAUUUUUUACUGGUAGCAGCUUAUUUUUUAAAACUGAUUGUUCCUGUGACCUAGUGAAAUUCAGAAGUUACUACUGUGGACCAAGGUUUUCCUUCCAUGAGGAUAGAAUUGACAGUCUUCCUUGACCUGCUCUUGCAAUUCUGUAACUAAAAUCCCUCCUUUUUAUCUUUAGAGUAAUCCAUUGGAAUGAACAGUGUCUUGAGAAUUUAUCCAAUUCUCUGGAUUAAAAUCAGUGCAACAGUGUUGUGUUGGCCAUAACUUUCCUCAAGAGACCUUGGAAUUGUGUUAAGACUUCAGGAAUUGUGUUAAGACUUCAGCUACUAGCCAUUUCUCUUCCAUCGUUAGAAAGGUGGGGACAAUUUUUGACAAUACUCAUUUCCCACUGCAGACCCCCACUUUGCCCCCUGUGCUGUUCAGGAAGGCACUCAACUCUUCACAGAACAACUCAGUGGACUGAAACAAGAAAGGUUUGGGAGGGAAAUCCUGUGAGCUCCAUUACCAUAUCUCAUUGGAUACAAAGUCUUCUCUCUGUCCCCUUCCAAAUGCACUCCAAAGUGGAAUCCUUGGGGUUCUGGGACAGGAAGUGCUAGGUUAAGGCUGCACUGUAGGGGUCUGCAAAACAGCUCUUAUCAAAAUUCUAUUUGGCAAAGUUGUUCUUUGAGGCCGAAUAAACAGUACAUACGCAAAAGCACUUAGGAUGAAGUAUUCAAAUAAAAUAUUUCGUGCUCUGUACCAUGUACUUGGCAUUGUAAAUGGGAGCAGGAGGGAGCCCUGUUGAGUAAAUCCCCCUCCCAAUUUGCUCUGCAUUAAAGUGUGGCUGUUUGGUUUUGCUAAAUCAAGGAGUGCAGAAAUACCCCCCUGUUCUUGGUAAUUUUAGACCUGCUUAUUGUUCCUUUGUUUGAAAUGUUCUUUUUAUAGGUUUCACUUUGCAAUGGGGACAUCCUGUCUUUUAAGAAAGAUCUGAAAAAGUACAGAUCUAUAAAGCCUUGCUUCCCCUGCGGAGGCUUUGCAAAUUGUGCAAAAUCAUAGUAUUUAAUUCAAGAAGGAUGUGUGUGGUAGGAAUUUUUCCCCUUGCAUUACAUUUUAAUCAUCAAGCACAGCACUUCUUAUCUGACCCUGAUCUUGGUGACGUUCACUCAUAGCACACAAAUUUGCUGAUAUUUCUACACUGUUUUCAUAGUCACCUUGGUCUCCCCAAAGUGUUUCCAAAAAAAAUGCCUUUGUACAGACAAUAAUACCUUCCUUGUAUGUGCCAGGUUGUCUGUGGAUUGCUGCUGAUUCUCAAGGGGUGGUCUGAAAAGUGUCCUGGCUCAUUUCUACAUCAUGAGUGUAGAAAAAGCAUCCACAGGAAUCUCAGUUCACAUGAGACCAAUUCCAUGUGAAUGUAUCCUUGUGCAAAUUCCAGGGUUUUUUAAAUGGAGAGUUGAGUUGUCUUCUUUCUUUGGACCAGAUAAUGAUAUGUAAGACUAAUGAUUAAAAACUCAGUGCUACAACUAUCUGGGGGGCGGGGAUUCAAAUAAGCACAUUUGUAAAAGGAUUGGUGGGGAGGGGUGACUAUGAAGACUUGCAGACUUGUAGAAUUGGGAAAACACCUAGGAUUUGGGUGGGCGUGUGUGUGCUUUCUUUUUUAAAGUAAUAUGAUCUCUUGUAUUCACUUUUGUAUUUUUCCUUCCUUCUGAUUAAUUCAGUACCUGUUACCACACUGAAAGCAGCUGCUUUAUGUAAAUGUGUGCAAAACUAAUUUCAGCAGUUUGGAAAGUAAAUCAAAAGUAGCAAGGGACUAUUACUUUUUCUGUGUAUAUAUUGCCAUAUCUAUUUGCAUUUAAAUUCACUUUGCAUUCAUGUUCGGUAAAAUACCCCCCUCCCUCAUUGUUCAUGUUCUUGUAUAUGAUUCAGCACUCUCCUUUCAGGACUGUUUUAUUGCUGGAGCUUCCAACAAGUAUAUAUUCAUUGAAAAUGGUCCUGCUGUUUAACUUUCUUUUGUAAAUAGUUUUAUAUUGAAUCUGCAUGGAUAAGACCCACAUGUUCAAAACUGAUGUACAUAUUAUAUGUAUAAAAUUCAAACUCUUUCAUAA